AGAAGUGACUGCCCCAUAGCCCAGCAGGGAGACGACUUAAAAGGAAACAUACUGUGGCUCAGAGUAGUCCUAUAGCCUUAAAUACUGAUGAGACAUUAAAACUGGAAAUGAAGUAAUGGACUGGAAGCUAAUCUGCUUGAUCCUUCUGAUGGGGCUGUUUUCCCCUGGCAACAGUGAAACUGAUAGGAACAGGUGUGUGUCAGCGAGCAACUGUGCAGAGUGUAUCCAGGCAGAUCCAAGCUGUGCCUGGUGUUCCGAGCCAUACUUUCACCUGGCUCCCUGCGGCAAACUAAAGGACCUGAGGAGAGCUGGCUGUCAGCUGUCCCAGCUCCAUGAUCCCCAUGGAAGCCUGGAGAUCCUCAGUCACACACAUGUCCCCAACCCCACCAUUGAGGUCUCCGGGAGCAGCAUGGAGGUGACAAAGGGGACCAUGGUGGAGGCUGGGGCCCAAGUCCAGCCCCGGAGAUUCAACGUCAGCCUUCGGCCUGGGGAGGCCUGGUCCUUCAGUCUGCAGGUAUCUCCCACCAGUGACCAGCCCAUGGAUGUCUACUACCUGCUGGACCUGUCUCCCUCCAUGAAGGACCACCUGGAGAACAUCCUCCAGCUAGGGACCAGACUGGCCCAGAAGAUGGCCCACAUCACCAAAGACCUAAGGCUGGGUUUUGGCUUGAUAGAGACCAGUGCGGGCGCCAAGGCACCUCGGUUCAGACACGUACUGAGCCUCACCGGAGACUUCCAGAGGUUUACGGAGGCGAUUGGCCAGGUUCGGAGCCAGGCACCUGGGGAGGAGGAGGACAGGGGGCAGCAGGGGGCAGUGGACGCCAUGGUGCAGGUGUCCGUGUGUCAGGAGGAGAUCGGCUGGAGGAACGGAACCCGCCUGCUGGUCUACUCGGCCGACCGUAAACGUCAAGGCGACUUCGUCGCAGGGUCAAAGGCCAAGACGUGCCAGCUGCAGAACAAGGUGUACACCCCUUCCGGCUCCCCUCAGCGCGUCAACGCCAGGAGGACCUUUGACACGGUGAUGUGUCACAUGUGUGAAAAGUGUGCGUGCUCAAACAUGUACAGGGGUGUAACUUGUGAGGACUGCCCUUUUUGUUGA